AUGUUCUCAAUCAUUGGCUUCCUCCGCCGUAAUUGGCAGGCCUACUCUCCUCCAGAACCACCAAAGAAUACCAAACCUCUAAAAUUCGGGAUUCUUGGUGCAGCAAAUAUUGCGGCAAGCGCGUUGAUUACUCCGGCCAAAUCUCACCCAGAUGUCAAGAUCCAUGCUGUAGCAGCGCGUCAGAAAGAAAAGGCCGAGACAUAUGCCAAAAAGCAUGAUAUUCCGCACACUUUCGAUAGCUAUCAAGCUCUUCUCGACGACCCUUCUAUCGAUGCUGUCUAUAUCCCACUUGUUGCCGGCUUACACUACGAAUGGGCUACCAAGGCACUCGCCAAAGGCAAACAUGUUCUCCUUGAGAAGCCGGCUACAGUCAAUGCAGUGGAAUCAGAAGUGCUAUUCCGGUCCCCAUUGCUACGACAACCCAACGCUCCGAUCCUUCUCGAAGCAAUGCAUUUUUGUUUCCAACCAAGCUGGCAAUACUUCCUCAGCUUAGUUGAUCGGCCGAACAUACAAACUAUGGACACUUUCGCAGAGCUACCCUCUUACAUGAUCCCUAAGGGUGGAGCACAAUUCGAUUAUAAAUUAGGCGGGGGGACUAUACUACAUCUUGGCACCUAUCCACUGUAUGCACUACGUCAGAUCAUGGGUGACGAGCCUGAAGAGUGUACUAUAUGCAAAACAAGGAGUUCUCCACCACCUCAAGAGCUAUGUGAUGACUUUGCUGAAGCGAGCUUUCGAUUUCCUGGCUAUCGGGUUGGGAAGGCUGUGAUUAACUCGCGAGCGUCAGUCACCACUUUUCCGACGUUCAACAUAACAGUCAACCAUAAGGCGGUGAAGAUGGAGGAUUCAUCACUUCCGAAAGGGCAGACUAAGUGGUGUCGCCGAAGGCUAAGCAUCGCCAACUUUCUGGUGUCAUCGUUCUGGCAUCGCAUUGAUAUCGUGGAUGAAUACACCAUUCGCGAUGAAGCGCAUGGGAAAGAGUUGAAGAAAUGGACAGUCAAGAAGUCCAAGAAGAUUUAUACCUUCAAAGACACCGAUAUUGAUGAGCCGAGUGAACCAUUUUGGUCAUCAUACCGUCAUCAGCUGGAGCAGUUCGUCAAUCGCGUUCGUGGUGAUAAAGGUUCUGGACUCUGGGUUGAUUAUGAGGACAGCAUCGCGCAAGCGAGAAUGAUCGACAUGGCUUAUGAGAAAUCUGGACUGCCGUUACGACCUACCAGUACGUUUAGAAUGGAAAGUAUUACAGGUGGUUUGUUGGGUUAAAGUUGUUGGCGGUGAAGCCGGUUUAAUCGGGCUUAAGCUGAGCCAGUCUUAGAAUGCUCAGAGCAGCCACCCUAGACAUGGCGGAGUAACGUCUCCGUCAAAGAUGUCUCAGAAAUUCCGUACGAGAUAUGCUUAACCCUAAAUGGUGAGGCUGAAUUACUGAAUAAAUGCGUGAGAAUUCGUAUUCACAAGGAACCUUGAUCGGUAAUU